UCUCAGUCUCUCUGAUUCUCUUCAUCUCUUCUCUAAACUCAGUCUGCUCGUCUCGGUCCAGAUGCUGAUAAUAUUCUACUGCGUUAUUCUCUCUCUUCUGUCGUCGGUCAGAUGUGUGAAAGUGCUCACACAGAAACCUUCAAUACUGCCAGAAGAAAAAGGGAGAUCUGUGACUAUGGACUGUAACGUUGAAAAGGACCAGGGUUAUUAUAUUAGAUGGUAUAAACAGAUUCCAGACUCAGCUCCUCAGUUUGUGUUGAGAUACUAUCACUCUCACACCAACCCUGACUCCUAUGGAGAUGGUUUUUCUUCCAGCCGCUUCACAUCUAAAGCUCAGUCAAAUAUUGACUAUCAGCUGAUCAUCAGUAAUGUGGAUGUGUCUGAUUCUGCGGUGUAUUACUGUCAGACAUGGGACAGCUCUGUUAGUGAGAACGUAUUCGGACAAGGAACAAAACUCAUUGUGACGGAUGCUGCUGCUGCUGCUCCUGAGCUCAACAUCCUCCGUCCGUCCAGAGAAGAGCUGAGCUCCAGUAAAGUCUCUCUGCUGUGUCUGAUCAGUCACACGUCUGGGGCUUUCGCUGAUGUGCGUUGGCUUGUGAACGGGAACUCGGUCACCGAAGGCGUCUUCACUGGAUCUGCUGAACGGCAGCCUGAUAAGAAGUUCAAGAUGAGCAGUUAUUUAAGCAUCGAGAGCUCAGUGUGGGACAAAGACACACAGCUGACGUGUGAAGUGACUGCGGCCUCAAAAACCUCCAGAAAAAGCAUCAAGAAAUCUGACUGCAGCGACUGAACCGAUCGUCUGCUCUUCAUUCAGGUCACAGAGAUUCAGUUUUGCUUGCAGGAGAAGAAAUGGAUAGAAUCUAUUAAAGAAAGCGUGGGUUGCUUCAUUUUCUGAAAGUCAUUUUAUGUUUAAAUGUACAUCAUUGUGCUUCAUAAACUCAAAUAAACUGCAUGUCAAGCAAACUUUU